AUGGCGGCUGCUCGGGCGGCGCUCUGGGCCGCCUGGGCCUGCUGGGCGGCGGUAGCGGCGGUAGCGGCGGCGGACGAGGCCGAGCCGUGGGCCGGGGCCGAGCCGUGGGCCGGGGCCGAGCCGUGGGACGGCGCCGUCUUCCGUCCGCCGGCCCCGCUGGGUCGCGUGGGCGUGUCGGGGCCGGGGCCGGGACCGGAGCCGUCGGAGGGCGCGCCGGACGCGGCGUCCCCGCCGGUGGUGCUGUGGUGGAGCCCCGGCGUGUUCCCGCACUUCCCCGGCGAGACGGAGCGCAUCGAGUGCGCGCGCGGCGCCUGCCUGGCGUCCCGCGACAAGCGGCGGUGGCGGGACGCGCAGACCCGCGCCCUGCUGUUCUACGGCACGGACUUCCGCGCCUCGGAGGCCCCGCUGCCGCGCCUGCCGCACCAGAGCUGGGCGCUGCUGCACGAGGAGUCGCCGCUCAACAACUUCCUGCUGAGCCACGGCCCGGGCAUCCGCCUCUUCAACCUCACCGCCACCUUCAGCCGCCGCUCCGACUACCCGCUGCCGCUGCAGUGGCUGCCGGGGGCCGCCUACCUAAGGCGCCCCGCGCCCGCGCUCCGGGAGCGCGAUGCCUGGCGGCGCCGCGGCUACGCGCCGCUCGUCUACCUGCAGUCCCACUGCGACGUGCCGGCCGACCGCGACCGCUACGUGCGAGAGCUCAUGCGCCACAUCCCGGUAGACUCCUACGGGAGGUGCCUGCAGAACCGUGAGCUGCCCACGGCCCGGCUGCGGGACACGGCCACCGCCACCACGGAGGACGCCGAGCUGCUGGACUUCCUGUCGAGGUACAAGUUCCACCUGGCCAUGGAGAACGCCAUCUGCGACGACUACAUGACGGAGAAGCUGUGGCGGCCCCUGCACCUGGGCGCCGUGCCCGUCUACCGCGGCUCCCCCUCCGUGCGGGACUGGGUGCCCGCCCGGCGCUCCGUCAUCCUGGUGGACGACUUCGAGACCCCGCGGAAGUUGGCGGAGUUCAUCGACUUCCUCGACAAGAACGGCGACGAGUACAUGAGGUACCUGGACUACAAGCAGCCGGGGGGCAUCACCAAUCGGUUCCUCCUGGACAGCUUGGAGCGGCGGGAGUGGGGGGUGAACGACGCCGCGCGGCCCAGCUACCUCAGCGGCUUCGAGUGCUUCGUCUGCGACCAGGAGAUCGCCCGGCUGGACGCUGAGCGGGCCCACGGGGCCUCCCCCCGCGCCGGCCCCGCCCCGCCGCCGCGCAUCGCCCACCGCUCGCACAUGGGCUGCCCCGUGCCCGUCCCCGGCUUGGGAAGCGUGGAGGACAUCCCCGACGGUGACAGCUGGAAAGAGAUGUGGCUUCAGGAUUACUGGCAGGGCCUCGACCAGGGUGAGGCCCUGACUGCCAUGAUUCACAACAACGAAACUCAUACGGGGAGAUUUUGGGAUUACAUGCAUGAGAUCUUCCUCAAGAGACACCAGCAUCUCCGACCCCCUUCCUGAUUGUGCUUUACUUUGUCCGUGGUGAGACAAUCAGGGUGCUAAUGGCCAACUAAAGCCUCAGGUGAAUGCCCAGGCCUCCCAGUGAACUGUGGACACAGUUUCUCGUACAGUGAGAAGAUGAUCUGUUCUCUGUUCCUUCUCGUUUUCAAAUCUACCUGCCAAAGCCACACGCUCGGGUGGCUCUGAAAGUGGCUUUUCAACCUACGAUAGCAGGGCCAUCAUCUCCUCCGUAAGAGAGGAAUUCAUCUCGGUUUAUUCGGUGACGCGAAGGCAACCCCUUUCCGGCACCCCCCCAGGCCCCAGUUUGAGGUGUGAGGGUGCUGAUCACCAGAGUUGGGGAGUAUUACAUAAAAGACCGGUUAUCUCUCUAGUCUCGUCAUCUUCUGAGAUGAGACCAAAGGUUACCCAGGUUAAUAACAGU